AACCUCAGUGAAAUCGGAUCUGAAUUCUCCCAUCAUCUGUUAAAACAAGAGCACGAGAAAAAAUAGUUUUCUGAAAAAAGAACUAAACAGUUCGUAAUCGAUUUUGAUCUGCCAAUCUGAGUACAAAGUCUACAAACUAUUGGGUUUCCUCUGAGUAAACGGCGUUGUUAACAUACAUUCCUAGUCCAGUGUCGAUUGAUCGUAUGCAAAACAAAGUGGUUUUGUCAAUGCUGUCGUCACGUUUGUUUCCUAACAAUACCCUUUUUCCCACCAAAAGUGCUUUUCGCUUCCCACAUUCCUGAAUUCGUAUGCAAGAGAACCGUUGGAAGCGACUGGUACGUUUAAAAAUAAUAGCCACAGUCCGACGGACAUUGUGUUUUAUUUUUUAGCCUUGAAAGAGUACCUGGCACAGCCGCCCUCGAUAUUUUGAACAAGACAAAUAAUAAAAACACGUUUCCCAAAGCAUUUUAUUCCCCUGCGGUAAUGAGCCCCCGAUCGACGGUAAAUUCAGACUUGAACUACUGAACACGUUAAUCUUGGACGGAAAUCUUUAAAAAAAAAAUCAAUAACAGGUUUAACCUUCAAUCACUAACGGUCAUUAUUCGACAUAACAUAUCCAGCUCCCUUCACUGAGCUUAAUAUAAUGCAAGGGUCGAACUGGUUCUUGCUUACACGCGGUGGAUUAGAUCGUUAGAUGGAAAUGCCUGGAAAUACUUUUUCGGAAUGUUUUGGUUUUUCUGCAGACAAGGUUGGCGGUGCGUCAAAAUUUAGAUCCGUGCAGAGUAUACCGGUCAACAGGUAGUACUAGACGAUGGCUGGGAACACUUCAGGUGUGUCUGUGGCCAAAAAAAGAUGCCAAAUCGGCCCGUGCUAGCAGUGUAAGUAACUUUAAUGCUCUCGAGUUGUCAGGGACGCGCCGCUCUCGUUAGGCCCUCCUUCCACUCGUCGAGUGCUGCGUAUUUGGUGUUAACUGUUAGACUGAAACAUGUGAUUCGUCAAAUCGCAUCAAGUUAACAACCAGCACGAUCAGAUUGUUUUGAUUACAUUGGAAUUGGAAUUUCCAAGUAUUUUCGUUAAUGCUGGACAAGCGAAUUCCGGGACCAAGUUAGCGAGUGUGGAAUUUUGAGGCAAGAAAUGGUGGCCAGUGUUGCUCAAGUUGAGUUUAUCGAAUCCAGUCAAAUGCACACAUCCAACUAUCUUCGCAGCAGCAAAGCUGUUGGAGUCCUCUGGGGUGUCUUUACAUUCUGCUUUGCCAUCAUCGACGUGGUGGUCUUCAUUCAACCCCAAUGGAUAGGAGAUACUGUGGAGUCAAAAGGAACAGGUUACUUUGGCCUUUGGAAACACUGCAGCCUGGUUAAAAGCGCAGUUGGACAAGAGAUCAUUUGCAAAGGGCAGCUUGAGGAUUUCAACACCAUCCUGAAUCCCGCUUUUAGAGCUGCUACAGUCUUCGUGGGCCUCUCAGUGGUCAUCAUUGUAUUGUGCCUGUGUGCCAUGCUCUUCUUCUUCUUCUUCAGCCCAUCAACAGUUUUCCAUAUUUGUGGCUGGCUCCAAUUCUUCUCAGGCGCGUUUUUAAUAGUUGGUGUCUUGGCUUUCCCUGGAGGCUGGUCGGAUCCAUCUGUCCAAGAAGUAUGCGGUCCUUCAGCAAGACAUUUUUAUCCGGGACAAUGCGGACUUCGAUGGGCCUAUAUCUUGGCAAUGAUAGGCGUGGCUGACGUUCUUGUCCUAGCCGCUUUAGCGUUUACUCUCGCCGUCCGUCAUGUCAAACUAUUGUCGCUUCAGCCUUAUCCUAUCAUCUACAAAGGUGAAGUGAAUCAAGGUUACGUCAAUGACGGGCAACGGUCGCGUCGAUCUUCAGCCCACACCGUUUCCGGCCAAUCGGUAGCCAUGUUUCCCCACCCUGGUGAAGUUCAUGACCGAAUGCCGGAAUAUGGAACUCCCUACCGAGCUGGUCAUCGUUCUGUCAAUAAACCGCCUUCAGCCCAUUCCUACCGACCGGAAUACGCUAGCUCCAAUCAACAUCGCUUCCACCUUUGAUAAGGGGAUUUAAAAAAAAAAGAAAAAACCACUCAAACCACUUUACUAUUCAUUUCUGCUCUAUUGGGCAAAACUCGGACAUUUAAAAAAAAAAAUAGACUAUCUAGUGCAUAGCCCUUUUUAUUCAAAAAAAAAAGAAAACAAUUGCACGCCAGCACCAGUUUUGCUUGCGUCGAUCUGAAUGUAUUACGUGUACAUUAACAUUCCUUUCUCUUUUAUAUCCGUCCCGAAUUUGUAUUUAAAUAUUUUUUAAAAAUUGUUUUACACAGUGGAUAUUAUCAUCAACUUUUUAUCUCCUUUUUUUGUUUUCGUGGUCAAAACAUUCAAACAAAACAAAAAAAUACAAGAAAAGAAAAUGUG